UGGAAGUGGGUUGCGCCCCAGGCCAAGGCCCAAACAUGGUAUAGUAUAGGCCAGAAAAAAAUCCCGCAACCCAGGCCGGGGCUGGGCUUCCUGGGCCUGGCUCCGCCUCUGCUCUCGCCUAUGGUAGUGCCAACCUAGUCCCCGUACAAAGCCCUGCUCUGAUAUUGGGUUGGGCCGCCCCGAGAACGGGCUGCACGGGUCUCCUGUGGACCAAGAUGCUGAUCGGUUCUAAAGAAGAGAGGAAGCAAGAUGCUGACGUCCCCUCAAAAAAAAAGCAAGAUGCUGACCGUUGAACGAUGAAGCCAAGUGAUGACCGGAACAACCAAAGUCAACAAGGGAACUCUUGUACGGAAUUAUUACCUGCGAACCUCCUGCGGCUCACGAGUUGGAAGGGACCACAUGCCAUAUUGCCAUGCAUCUUUUCAUGCAUGCUUGGCACCCACGGAACCCCUGCCGUCCGUUCUUCAGCUCACAUGAACGAUGAUGGGUCCGUCAACAAAAGCUCGACGAAUUUUCUCUCUACCCCUGCGGCUAGCAGGCUACCCCAACUUCUUGGAGUGGAAGGCCACUGUAAACGUACAAGGACAACUCGACAACACAACCAGUGAACAGAACAUUAACGUUUCACAGGCACCGUCGUGGAAACGCUCUGCCCAAGUUAUAGCUAGCAGCCUCAGCGGGCCGCGCGCUGACUAGUCUGCGCAGAGAACGCUCGUCUCUGUCCAUCUAUCUAUGGUCCAUAGAUGACAAAUCGACGAUGCAAAGGAGGAAAAGGAACUAUAUAUAUACACGCUUUAGCUGAUUAGAUCUACUCUGAAAUUGCACGUUACUUGAUGAUAGUGUGAUACUGUGAUUUUUAGUUUGUACUCACUCUGAUUCUAAAUUCUUGACUCAAAUUUGUCUAAAUAUGGAUGUAUCUAUUCUUAAAAAAAGUCUAAAUACAUAUAAUAUUUCGACAACAAUUUACAGCAUAUGCGGAAUGACUUUUUAGAGAUGAGAAUGGUUGGUUAUUGAUCCGAACGCUUAGUGACUGAGUUUUCCGAAAAUUUCAGCUAUCUUAUUAUGAUUAGACAGUAAAAAAUAAAUUCCACGAGUAUAUCUCGAUUAGUCCUUCCUCAAGUAUAAUCCAUGUUCCAUAGUGAUAUCAUCGGUGACUACCAGAGAAUCCAACGAGCAUAUCAGGAGAUCACAAGAGGAACGCAAUCCAGCUGAUCACGCUGAAGCAGAGCAGAAGAAACGAGACACGGCUCUUGAAUUGUUUGCAACGGUACUAGUAAUACUACUAGCUCUGAAUUAAUUGUAUCUUCGUUUAAUCACAUGUCAAAAUUAACAUAAUCCGCGCGCUUAGUCCAUUUGCCUUUUCCCAUCGCAAACUUUCCCGGUCGCUUCCAGCUUCCGCCGCACCCAAGCCCAGCAGUCAAAACAUUCUCCGGUAGCGACAAUAUGCGUAUAUAUAGUGCCUCCACCAUUACCAGGGACAGAAACCACACACGAUCGACACAGUGCGGCCGGCGGCUCGUACAGCAAGCACAUCACCAAAGGUACCAGGAAAUGGACGCCACAGCAGCAACUGGUACUGGCACUAGUAGUGGAGAAGCGCGCCACCACGGCGAUCAGCAAGGAAAGGAUGGCCGGCCGGAGAAGGAUGCGGCCGGGAAGAAGGUGCCCUUGCUCAGCAUGUUCAGGUACGCCGACCGCCUCGACGUGCUGCUGAUCAUGGUCGGCACGGUGGGGGCGAUGGGCAACGGCAUGUCGGAGCCACUCAUAUCGGUCCUCUUCGGGAACGUCAUCAACUCCUUCGGCGAGAGCACGAGCAGCACCGUCCUCCGCAGUGUAACCAAGGUUGUCCUGAACUUCAUAUAUCUGGGCAUUGGAACAGCAGUUGCCUCCUUUCUUCAGGUGUCAUGCUGGACAAUGGCAGGAGAAAGGCAGUCAGCGCGGGUCCGUUCUUUUUACCUGAAAUCAGUUCUGAGGCAAGAUAUUGCAUUCUUCGACACAGAAAUGACAACUGGUGAAGCAGUUUCUAGAAUGUCUAGUGAUACGGUCAUAAUUCAAGGCGCUCUUGGUGAAAAGGCAGGGAAGCUUGUACAACUCUCAUCUGGUUUCCUUGGUGGUUUUAUAAUAGCAUUCACAAAAGGCUGGCUUCUGACUCUUGUCAUGCUAACAUCACUACCACUAGUUGCUAUUGCCGGUGCAGUGUCUGCGCAGCUACUAACCAGGGCUUCUAGCAAGAGACUAACAUCAUACAGUGAUGCUGGCGACACUGUUGAGCAGACAAUUGGAUCUAUACGAACAGUUGUGUCCUUCAACGGUGAGAAGAAAGCUAUGGCAAUGUACAACAAUUUCAUAAAAAGGGCAUACAAGACAAUUAUUGAGGAAGGCCUUAUCAAUGGUUUUGGCAUGGGCUCCGUCUUUUGCAUCUUAUUUAGCAGCUAUGGACUAGCCUUCUGGUACGGUGGAAAGCUAAUUAUUGACAAAGGUUAUACUGGAGGGACAAUCAUCACUAUUUUAUUUGCCGUGUUGACUGGUGCAACUUCUUUAGGUAACGCAACACCAUCAAUUUCUGCAAUUGCAGAAGGUCAAUCUGCAGCAUACAGACUAUUUGAAACAAUCGAGAGGAAACCGGAUAUAGAUUCAGAUGAUACCAGUGGCAUAGUUUUAGAAAAUAUCAAGGGUGAUGUUAAGCUAAAAGAUGUGUACUUUCGCUACCCUGCAAGACAAGGGCAGUUAAUAUUAGAUGGAUUGUCAUUGCAAGUAGCCAGUGGAACAACAAUGGCCAUAGUUGGAGAGAGUGGAAGUGGCAAGUCAACUGUUAUAAGCUUAGUUGAAAGAUUCUAUGAUCCACAGGCUGGUGAAGUUAUGAUAGAUGGAAUCAACAUCAAGAAUCUGAGGCUUGAUUGGAUAAGAGGGAAGAUCGGUCUUGUGAGCCAAGAACCAUUGCUCUUUAUGACCACCAUUAAAGAUAACAUAAUCUAUGGCAAAGAAGAUGCAACACUUGAAGAGAUCAAGAGAGCAGCCGAACUUGCAAAUGCCGCAAACUUCAUCGACAAGUUACCAAAUGGCUACGACACACUAGUUGGUCAGCGUGGCACUCUGCUUUCUGGAGGACAAAAACAAAGAAUUGCAAUUGCAAGGGCCAUCCUUAAAGAUCCCAAAAUCCUUUUGCUAGAUGAAGCAACAAGUGCAUUGGAUGUGGAAUCUGAGAGGAUAGUUCAGGAGGCACUCAAUAGGAUAAUGGUAGAAAGAACCACACUAGUGGUUGCUCAUCGCUUGAGCACUGUAAGGAAUGUUGACUGCAUCACAGUUGUUCGUCAAGGGAAAAUAGUUGAACAAGGUCCUCAUUAUGAAUUGGUGAAGGAUACCAAUGGAGCUUACUCCCAGCUUAUUAGGCUACAAGAAACUCGUGGAGACAAAAGGCAUAAAAUACAAGAUUCUGGAGUGCCAAAUACCUUAUCAAAAAGCACUAGUUUGUCAAUUCGACGGUCAAUGAGUAAAGAUUCUUUUGGCAAUAACAACAGAUAUUCCUUCAAGAACCCUUUAGGAUUAUCUAUUGAGUUUCAUGAGGAUGAAAGCACAGGCAGAAACGAAAAGGACGAGCUUACCGAUGGGAAGGCCCUUAAGAAAGCACCAAUUGGUCGUCUUUUUUCUCUUAAUAAGCCAGAGGUACCAUUUCUUCUGCUCGGUUCUAUAGCGGCAGCUGUGCAUGGACUCAUUUUCCCACUGUUCGGAAUACUAAUGUCUGGUGUUAUAAAAUCAUUCUAUGAGCCACCUGAUAAGCUGCAAAAAGAUUCUAGAUUUUGGGCACUGAUAUCUGUUGUUCUGGGGAUUGCAUCUCUGAUUUCAAUCCCAGCAGAGUAUUUUUUGUUUGCAAUUGCUGGAGGCAAGCUUAUACAGCGUGUCCGGACACUGUCAUUUCAAAACAUUGUGCGUCAAGAAGUUGCUUGGUUCGAUAAUCCCUCAAAUUCCAGUGGGGCACUUGGCACAAGGCUCUCAGUUGAUGCAUUAAAUGUCCGGCGCUUAGUAGGUGAUAACCUGGCCAUUAUAGUCCAAUCUAUAGCUACAUUAAUUACUGGCUUUGCCAUAGCUUUUUCGGCGGAUUGGAGGCUUGCAUUGGUUAUCACUUGUGUCAUCCCUUUAGUGGGUGCACAGGGUUAUGCUCAAGUGAAGUUCUUGAAGGGGUUUAGCGAAGAAGCUAAGGAGAUGUAUGAAGAUGCAAGCCAAGUUGCAACUGAUGCUGUUGGUAGUAUCAGAACAGUAGCAUCUUUUAGUGCAGAGAAAAGAGUGGUCAGAACAUAUAACAAGAAAUGUGAAGCUUUAAGGAAACAGGGAAUUCGAAGUGGAAUCGUUGGAGGGCUUGGUUUUGGUUUCUCAUUCUUGGUGUUAUAUCUCACAUAUGCUCUAUGUUUCUAUGUUGGUGCACAGUUCGUACGUCAGGGGAAAAUGACGUUCGCAGAUGUUUUCAAAGUUUUCUUUGCUUUAGUUUUGGCAGCUGUUGGGGUUUCACAAGCAAGUGCAUUAGCAUCUGAUGCAACAAAGGCGAGGGAUUCUGCCAUUUCUGUUUUCAGUAUUCUAGAUCGGAAGUCCAAAGUUGAUUCAAGCAGCGAUGAGGGCCUAACGUUGGAAAAUAUUACCGGCAACAUUGAUUUCUGUAAUGUCAGUUUCAAGUACCCAUCACGCCCUGAUGUCCAAAUAUUCAGUGACUUCACCUUGCACAUUCCUUCCAGAAAGACCAUAGCACUUGUUGGAGAAAGCGGAAGUGGCAAGUCUACAAUCAUUGCUUUACUGGAGCGUUUCUAUGAUCCUGAUUCCGGUAGAAUCUCACUAGAUGGCGUCGAAAUUAAAAGCAUAAGCAUUAGCUGGUUAAGGGAUCAAAUGGGGCUGGUAGGCCAGGAGCCAGUUCUUUUCAAUGACACCAUCCGGGCCAACAUAACAUAUGGGAAACAUGGAGAGGUGACAGAAGAAGAGAUCAUGGCUGUUGCCAAGGCAGCAAAUGCUCAUGAGUUCAUAUCAAGCUUGCCACAAGGAUAUGACACUUUUGUCGGCGAGAAAGGAGUGCCACUAUCUGGUGGGCAGAAACAGCGAAUAGCGAUCGCAAGGGCCAUUAUAAAGGACCCCAAGAUACUGCUGCUUGAUGAGGCAACCAGUGCCUUGGAUGCAGAAUCUGAGCAUAUUGUUCAAGAUGCAUUGGACCGAGUCAUGGUCAGCAGGACCACCAUUGUGGUGGCGCACCGCCUCUCCACAAUUAAAAGGGCUGAUAUGAUUGCAGUCCUCAAGGAAGGCAAAAUUGUAGAAAAAGGAAAGCAUGAGGCCCUGACGCGAAUCAAGGAUGGAGUCUAUGCUUCGCUGGUUGAACUUCGCUCAAAUUCUGAGUAGAAUUAUGUUUCUUUUGACAUUUCUUUGUUCCUAGCAAAGCUAAUUGGGCAUAUAACUGAUAUAAGUACAUUUGUUUGUGAUUUGAGAAGUGAAUGCAAGAUUGUAGCAGUUUGUUGCAUGGAA